AUGACGCGAGUUGGGCAUUCUGGCCAGCGUUCUCGUCUUAUGGCCUCAUGCGUGCGGCUCACUGACACAGAUACAGGACAUAAGCGAUGGGCAAUUGCCCACCUGCAAUGCCGGUGCCUGUCCACGAGCUCCGCGCGACCUCACUAAAGCGGCUCGAGGAUGAUCCUCGAUGGCGGAGGACGACACUUGCAUCCGCCCAUAACACCAUGACAAAGCACGCCGCAAUCCACCGCCGUGACGGCGCGCUGCACGUCGAAGGCGUCUCCGCUGCCUCGCUCGUAGCCUCCCACGGUACGCCGCUGUUCGUCUACUCCCGCGCCGCACUCAUGUCGGCGUGGGACGCGUGGAUGGCGGGCAUCGCCGCAUCGAACCGCGGAGUCAAUGGCCCCGAGGUUAAGGUCCACGUCGCGGUAAAGGCGAACAGCAACCUAGGCGUGCUGAGUGUAUUUGCGCGCCUCGGUGCCGGCUUUGACAUUGUCUCUGGCGGCGAGCUGCGCCGCGUCCUCGCCGCGGGCGGAAAGGCCGCGGACGUCGUCUUCUCCGGUGUGGGAAAGAGCGUCGAGGAAAUCCGUGAAGCGCUGGUCGCCGGUGUCAAGUGUUUCAACGUUGAAAGCAUCCCAGAGCUCUCGCGGCUCGAUGACAUAGCUGGGUCGCUGGGGAUGAAGGCCCCGGUGGCGCUGCGGAUCAAUCCAGACGUAGAUGCCAACACGCACGCAUACAACACCACAGGUAAAAAGGGAAACAAGUUCGGAAUUGACUAUGGCGACGCGCGAGAGGCAUACGCUGCCGCAGCGAGCAUGGCCCAUUUGGAUGUUUGUGGCGUCGACUGUCAUAUCGGGUCAGGCAUCACAGACACAGCGCCCUUCAUCGCGGCGGUCGACCGCGUGCUCGACCUCGUCGACAUCCUCGAGUCCAAUGGCAUCCCCAUCGCUCACAUCGACCUCGGGGGUGGUUUGGGCAUCGACUACGGGGACGGCGCAACGCCGCCACCGACGCCUGAGUUCGUUAAAACCAUCUUGGAUCACGUUGAUAAACGCGGCCCGAGGCCUGUAUGGUUCGAGCCAGGCCGCAGCCUCACAGCCGCUGCCGGCCUGCUUCUUUCCAAAGUGGAGUAUCUCAAGCCAGGACCGGCCGGAGGAAAGAACUUCUGUAUCAUCGACGCCGCGAUGAACGACCUUGCCCGACCCACAGUCUACGGCGCGUUCCACCGCAUCGAAGCAGUGGAGGAGAGGGUCGGUGACACCGAGGUGUACGAUGUGGUAGGACCAGUGUGCGAAAGCGGCGACUGGCUCGGUCGUGCGCGCGAGCUCAACGUAAAAGUGGGCGAUCUGCUUGCUGUGCGUGACACGGGGGCAUACUCGUUCGUCAUGUCGAGCAACUACAAUACGCGCCCGCGAGCAGCGGAGAUCAUCGUUGACGGGGAGAGUGUGCAUGUUGUGCGGAAGCGGGAAACGGUUGAGCAGUUGUUGUCGAUGGAGACUGUGCUGCCGUAGUUUGUAGUUCCGCGACGAGACUGUCAAAAUGCCAUGGCUCAGUGAUACGGCCCUGCACGCAAAGUAGGCUCCCCGUGAUUGUUCAAAUCUCCCCACUUCUCCUCCUCAUCUACAAGCCAGUCCUGACUCAACUACAC